AUGUAGAGAUAGCAGGAAGCAACUUCAAGCAUGCAUGAAAGAAUUAAAGCAAGCAGACUGAGGUCACCAAUGGUAGGAGCUUCAGCAAUUGAUAAGAAUGGCAAUGGGACCUUCUCAGCUAGUCUAGGAUUCAUAGGAGGAUUAUAACUUUAAGAAAAUGUAUUCUCAGUGUGUUCAGCAACAUUGAUAUCAGAAGUUUAAAUUCUAGAUGAAAUAAUAAGUUAUUUCAAGGAAUUCUACCUUCCAGCAAGGUGGGGUAAUGCCAUGAGAGCCUACUAAGAUCUCAUCAAUCUAUCAUCUGGAAUAUAUGCUGACUGCAAAUUCGAUUCCUUAAUGAAUACAAUAAGUGGAAUACUCUCAUAAGAGGGACUAAGCACUUUUUUCGCAAGGUUUUUCUCUACUGCUAUUUUUGACGUUGGGAAGUAGCUAAACUUAUUCAAGGCUGCCAAGUCAGAUUAUCAAAGAUGGAAGUAUAUUGGAAAGAUAUUUAGUCUUGUUUUCAAUUUCAAGAUCUGA